AUGGCUGCAGUAUUUUUGGUAGCAUUCUUGCUGACCAUCGUUGAUAUCUGUAAUGGAGGUUUUACCAGUAGUUAUGUUAGAAAGCCUUAUGCAUCUGUUGACAUGCCGGUUGGAGAAUUUCCUCCUCCUCCAGGAUACAAUGCACCCGAGCAGGUUCAUAUAACCCAAGGGGAUCUUGUUGGGCGGGCUGUGAUUAUUUCAUGGGUUACACCUCUUCUGCGACACCCUGACUAUGUAGUUUAUUGGGCGGCAGAGGGCAAGCACAAAAGGAAGCGCAAGGCUCAUUCUUCAAUCACAACUUAUAAAUACUACAAUUAUGCUUCUGGCUACAUUCAUCAUGCCACUGUCAAACACCUUCAGUAUGACACUAAGUACUUUUAUGAGCUUGGGAUUGGCAAUGUAGCACGACGAUUUUCCUUCACAACUCCUCCCAAAGUAGGGCCAGACGCUCCAUACACAUUUGGCAUUAUAGGUGAUUUGGGACAAACACGGAAUUCUUAUGAGACGCUUGAGCAUUAUGUGUCCAACCCAAAAGGGCAAGCUGUGUUGUGUGUGGGAGAUCUUUCUUAUGCAGAUAAUCACCCGCACCAUGACAAUGUGAGAUGGGAUACAUGGGGCCGCUUUAUUGAGAGGAGUGCUGCAUAUCAGCCAUGGUUUUGGACUCCUGGCAAUCAUGAAAUUGAUUUAGCUCCAGAACUUGAAGAAACUGUUCCUUUCAAGCCAUAUAUGCAUAGGUACCAUGUACCCUACAAGGCAUCACAGAGCACAUCCCCACUUUGGUAUUCCAUUAAGCGUGCAUCCGCACACAUCAUCGUCCUAUCUUCUUACUCAGCAUUUGGUAAAUACACUCCUCAAUACAGAUGGCUCCAAAAUGAAUUAUCCAAGGUUAACAGAGCUGAGACGCCAUGGCUUAUCAUUCUUCUUCACUCACCAUUGUAUAACAGUAACAACUACCACUAUAUGGAAGGGGAAAGUAUGAGAGUGCAGUUUGAAUCCUGGUUUGUUAAAAACAAGGUCGAUAUUGUUUUUGCGGGCCAUGUUCAUGCCUAUGAACGAACAGAGAGAAUAUCGAAUAUCAAGUACAACAUAACAAAUGGACUCAGCCUUCCAGUAAAGAACCCUUCUGCACCAAUAUACAUUACUAUUGGUGAUGGUGGUAAUGUUGAAGGCAUUGCUAACAGCUUUUCUGAACCACAACCGAGUUAUUCUGCAUAUCGGGAAGCAAGCUUCGGGCAUGCGGUUCUGGAGAUAAAAAAUCGGACUCAUGCCCACUAUAUAUGGCACCGUAACCAGGAUAGCAAUGCUGUUGCUGCUGAUUCUCUUUGGUUGCAUAAUAGGUACAAUUAUCCAGAAGAAGAAGCAUAGUGAGGCUACCAAUAUGGUUUAGGAGUCAUUUUUCCCCUAGUAGCCUUAUAGUUUGGCUGUCAAUUUUAGUUUAUUUGA